UAAAUAAGACGUCGACGUGCCGGGGGCACCCGGGGCCUGACGGGAUCGUGGCGGUCCGCGCUCCCAGCUCGGAACUGCGGCUGCCUUUGCAGACGCUGUGAAGAUGGCGACGUCCCUGGGCUCCAACACCUACAACAGGCAGAACUGGGAGGAUGCGGACUUUCCUAUUCUGUGCCAGACUUGUCUUGGGGAAAACCCAUACAUCCGAAUGACCAAAGAAAAGUACGGGAAGGAAUGCAAAAUCUGUGCCAGGCCAUUCACAGUGUUUCGCUGGUGCCCCGGCGUCCGAAUGAGGUUCAAGAAGACCGAAGUGUGCCAAACCUGCAGUAAAUUGAAGAAUGUCUGCCAGACCUGCCUCUUGGACCUAGAGUAUGGCCUGCCCAUCCAGGUUCGAGACGCAGGACUGUCUUUUAAGGAUGACAUGCCAAAGUCGGAUGUCAACAAAGAGUACUACACGCAGAACAUGGAGAGAGAGAUUUCCAACUCGGACGGGACGCGGCCAGUUGGCAUGUUGGGGAAGGCCACGUCCACCAGUGACAUGCUGCUCAAGCUGGCCCGGACCACGCCCUACUACAAGAGGAAUCGGCCGCACAUCUGUUCCUUCUGGGUGAAAGGAGAGUGUAAGAGAGGAGAGGAGUGUCCAUACAGGCAUGAGAAGCCGACGGACCCGGAUGACCCACUUGCUGAUCAGAACAUUAAAGACCGGUACUACGGAAUCAAUGACCCCGUGGCCGACAAGCUUCUCAAGCGGGCUUCCACGAUGCCUCGUCUGGACCCCCCGGAGGACAAGACUAUCACCACACUGUAUGUUGGCGGUCUGGGCGACACCAUUGCCGAGACGGAUCUCAGAAAUCACUUCUAUCAGUUUGGGGAGAUCCGGACGGUCACGGUCGUGCAGAGACAGCAGUGCGCGUUCAUCCAGUUUGCCACCCGGCAGGCCGCGGAGGUGGCUGCCGAGAAGUCCUUCAAUAAGUUGAUUGUCAACGGCCGCAGACUCAACGUGAAAUGGGGCAGGUCCCAAGCAGCCAGAGGGAAAGAAAAGGAGAAGGAUGGAACCACAGACUCUGGAAUCAAGCUAGAGCCCGUUCCAGGGCUCCCGGGAGCUCUUCCUCCUCCCCCUGCCGCAGAGGAAGAGGCCUCUGCCAACUACUUCAACCUGCCCCCGAGUGGUCCUCCGGCCGUGGUGAACAUUGCCCUGCCACCUCCUCCUGGCAUCGCGCCCCCGCCGCCCCCAGGUAAACCUCAGCUUCCCUCUGAGGAACCGGGCUUCCUGGGCCCAGGGAGAUGGUUGCGGAAUCCUGCCCUCCCACCUCCCGUCCUCUCUGACGUGUCUGAGGCUUUCGGGUCUGCCCUGUCCACAUCUGCCUGUAAACCUAGUUUGUUGGCUUCCUGGUUUUCUCUAUUUUAACGGGUUGCUACGGAGGGGAAAUUGGCUAGUUUCCAGAGGCCAGAGUAUGUGUAUAAUCAGAGUGGGAGUUUUGCUGCGGUUACUCGGUUACUCUCAGCGGUCGUAGUUUGUUCCCUGUUCUAAGCUAAAUCCUAACGGGCGCCCUGCAGCGCUGUCGUUGAAAGUGUAGCCUGUGGGUGUGUGUGAUUCCAUUAAGCAUUUACGACCUGCCUAUAGCAAGACAAGGAGCUUGAGCCAGAAGGUAAAAGCAUUCAGAAAGUCUCGUCACCAGAGGACUGGCGGGUGCACUGGCAGGUGUGUUUGGUCGCAUCCGGAGGCCCGAUCGUGUCGGGGCCGGCAGGAAGCAGCCAGAGCAGGAGCGCUUUGUGCAGGCGCGGCCCCUCUGGCACUGUCGGUGCCCGUGCGAGCAGCAGCGGCCGCUUCUCCCGGGCGGAGCUCCUCUCUCUCGGAGGCAGGUCUUGGCUCCUGAGCACUCGGGGCGAGCGUCGAGGUUAACCAUUGCGGGGUCUGGCCCUCCCCUCCCGACCCGACGGAAUCCCGUCAGGUAGGCUGGGCGGUUUUGCGAGGGAGCAGAGGCCCAGGCGACGUCCUCUGACACCCCGAGACUUGAGCAGCGGUUGGUUUAGUGAAAGCUGCCCGAGAUGAGGGAAGGGCUUCGAAAGCCAAGGAAGUCCCACCGGGAGACCUUCCUCGCGAGUCGCGAGUCGGUGCACUGCUGUCGUCCGAGGCCCAUCUCAGCUUGAUUGCUGUGUGGGCGGUUUGGCCCUUAGUGAGAUUCAGGGGCCCAGAGGUUGUUAGGAGAAGGGCAAGCCUAACAGAUGUGUUCUCUCCCCCCUGUAGGUUUUGGGCCACACAUGUUCCACCCGAUGGGACCCCCCCCUCCCUUCAUGAGGGCUCCAGGACCAAUCCACUACCCUUCUCAGGACCCCCAGAGGAUGGGAGCGCAUGCCGGGAAGCACGGCAGCCCCUAGCACGGUGUCGCCGCUCGGGGCUCUGCGGAAGAGAGAGCGCUUGAAACCCCAGCAAAUGAAUCUUGGAAUAAAUAUAGUUUUCCUCCCUU